AAAUGUGUGACGUAUCCUAAUUUUUUCUGACGUUGACUUUAGCGUUCUUGCCGGUGGUGCUAAGUUUUGUUUUUGCAAUUAUUCUCAAUAGAAAUCUUCAAAAUGAGCUUGGAAAUAGAAUCAAUGGUUCGAUACACGUCGCCGAUAAACCCAGGCGUGUUUCCACAUCUCACUUUACUACUGCUCGGUAUCGGCAUUUUCUUCAUGGCGUGGUUCUUCGUAUAUGAAGUAACAAGUACGAAAUCAACCAGAGAUCUCUUCAAGGAACUUUUGCUGUCACUCGUCGCGUCUUUGUUUUCCGGCUUUGGUGUUCUGUUUCUGUUGUUAUGGGUUGGCAUAUAUGUGUAACAAAAACUUAAUAUAUAAGUACGAUAAUAAUGGAAGUGAUUUCUUGUUUAUUUUAAGAUAAAAU